GACACCCUCGAAGUCAGAGAUGGAGACAGAAGCACUAACAGGGAAGUUGGUCGUUGAGAAAGUGAGAGGCAAAUCAACUGUCACCAGAUCCUUCUCCAGAUACCCUCUUAAAUUCUUCAUCCCUAAUAAGGUGGGUUCUUCGGAAACUGAUGCGGUUUGGAUUUAUACUCUCACUUAUGGUGGUGGGAUUGUUUCUGGAGAUUCUAUUGCUUGUGAAUUUAGUAUUGGAGAUGCCUGCACUGUUGUUUUAACUACUCAAGCUUCCACCAAAGUGUAUAAGUCUAUGGGGUCUAAGUGUUCUGAACAGAUCUUGGAGGUAAGAGUUGGGAGUGGUGCCCUUUUAGCUGUGAUUCCGGACCCUGUGACAUGUUUUUCCACUGCAAGAUAUUCUCAGAAACAAUUUUUCAGAGUGGUUUCAGACUCAAAUUUGGUUAUUGUUGACUGGAUUACCAGUGGGCGCCAUCAAAAUGGGGAGAAAUGGGAUUUUCAACUUUAUAAGAGCACCAACAACAUAUUUGCAGAUGGUGAUCAGCCUUUGUUUCUAGAUACGGUACUGCUUGAACAAGGAGGCAUUACCAAUAUUGCAGAACGAAUGCAAGACUACCAAGUCAUUGCAAUGGUCAUACUCUUAGGGCCAAAGCUGAAGCAUAUUCAAAAUCAAGUUCAAGAAAAUGUGAAGAGGAUGAUGUCUGAACAAUUAUACGCUCCUUCCAUUGGCUUGAGCAACCAUGGGAAAACACACUCGAAUCAUCCUUUGGCCAAACCAAACUUUAUUGCUUCUUGUAGUGCCUUUGGUCCUAAGGGAAUAGGUGUUGUUGUUAGAAUUGCUGCCAUGACAACUGAAUCAGUAUACAGGUUCCUGCAGCAUCAAUUGGCCGGCAUGGAGCCAUUACUUGGGGUAUCCCCGUAUUGUUGAAAAAGCGCUAUGAAAAUCAUUUGCCUUGUUGAAGUUCCUGUGACUAUCAAAUGAAGUAGAUUCUUUACUUUUAUGUGGAAGUUGCAAGAAAUUAUGCUCCGAAUCUGAAUGGUGCGUUACAAAACCUUUCUAGAUGCUCAAGGUUGCAAAAUUUUACAGGAACAUGGAGGCUUUUUCCUGAUAUGCUUACGUUAUGUUCAUGAAUACUAUGUGGCAAAGCUUUUUCAUUGACUCGGACAUAAAAAUGAAUUGAUCUUCUCGAUCUGUUAUAACAGUCAGUUUCUAUAAAUUACAGUGAUUCAUUAAGUUUAUCAUCGAAA